UCCCUACAUCACAAUUAAUCACAUUCAAGUACUACUUGAUCAACUGAAGGCUAUCAUGGCUAGUUUCCAAAGCCAAAAGUCACUCACUUCUCUCUUAACCUUGUUCUUCCUCUUGCUUGUGAACAAGGUGAACUCAACAGACUAUCUCUCUUUCACCUUCAACCAGUUCACACCACAACAGCCUGAUUUGCUCUUCCAAGGUGACGCACUCGUUGCCCCAACAGGGAAGUUACAACUUACUAAAGUAGAAAAUGAUCUCCCAGUCUACAAGUCCACUGGCCGAGCCCUGUAUGUUGCCCCAGUUCACAUCUGGGACAGCAAAACGGGCAAUGUGGCCAGCUUCAUUACUUCAUUCUCCUUCAUCAUCGAUUCACCCAACGUGAACAAAAUAGCAGAUGGCCUUGCCUUCUUUCUCGCACCCGUGGAUACCCAGCCCCAAAAACCUGGAGGAUUACUCGGGAUUUUCGACAACGACGAUCCCAGUCAAUCAAACCAAGUUGUUGCGGUUGAGUUCGAUACUCACUUCAACUCGAACUGGGAUCCGAAAAGUCCACACAUUGGAAUCGAUGUCGGCUCCAUCCAAUCAUCAAACGCUACAUCGUGGGGUGCUGCCUAUGGCGAAGUAGCCAAUGUUUUCAUACACUACCAAGCUUCCACCAAAGAGUUAACCGUCUCAUUGGACCACCCUUCGAGUAAGGACACUUACACCGUCUCUUCCGUUGUAGACUUGAAGAAUGUUCUUCCAGAGUAUGUAAGAGUUGGUUUCUCAGCUACCACUGGACUCAAUCCAGACCACGUUGAAACAAAUGAUGUUCUUUCAUGGUCUUUUGAAUCGGAUUUGAAAGCAGGUGGCCCCCAAGCUGCAGGUGCUUUUAAGAACAACCAUGGACUUGAUUCCAUGUAGUUUCCAAAAUAUUAUUAGGUGUGUGGGUGUGGGUGUGACGGAAAACAACAAAUAAGACCUGCAAAAAUGGUUAUUAUAUUAGCGAGAAUUGUUGCCACACUCACUUUUGUUGCGGUUUUAGACAGCCACAACCUCAAAAGUUGGUGUCACACACUAUUUAGCAGUUCAGGGAUAAUUUAUGUAUGUCAUUAGUAUGUUGUAACGUCCAGCUAUGGACUUGAUUCCAUGUAGUUUCGUGUGUGAGUGUGGCGGAAAACAACGACCAUAAGACCAGCUGCAACAAUGGUUAUUAUAUUGUAAACUUGUAACACGCUCAUGUUUAUUUAGCACUAAUAUAUCAAGUAAGUAAACACCCACCCACAACUAAAUAUAAUUUGAAUCUACUCUGCAUAAUAUUUAAGGGUGGCCUCUAACUUGCUCUUUUUUUUC